AUGGAUCGCCCACAAUCUGAAAAGUUGAACGCGCCUUCCGACUUUGUGACAACGCCUGCACAAAGGAGGGGUGCAGGGUUGGGGUGUAUACCCACGGUGCCCUCUACCACUUCGGACCCCUGGCUGGCCGUCGCUCAGUUCCAACAAGAGAUUCUGGAGCUCCGGAGAGAGAACCAUAGAAUCUUACUGCAGUACAGAGACAACAGAGCAGUCAGGUUGUCGGUAGACCGUGAGGAGCUAGGUGUGGAGCUGAGUCGCUGUAGAGCUGAACUCACACAGAGUCAAAAUGAGCAGGAGACACUCCGGAAGAAGCUGGCUGAUCUGCAGAGACAGCGUGUUACAGAGCGUGAAAGCUGGCAGACAGAGCUCCACAGUUCCAGACAGGAGGCAGAGUGCCUGAAGGGUGAAGUCCAGGAGCAGAGCCUGCGGCUGGGGGAGCACAUGAGGAGAGAGAGGGAGCUUCAGCAGCACCUGGACGACAUGACCAGUAAACACCAAACACAGUUACAACACUUGAAUGAAAGCCACAGUACUGAAGUGGCCUCUCUAAACCAGACUAUUGGAGACCUACAGAACAGGCUUAGCAAAUCUACACUGGAGGUCUCCUCACUGAAGGGAUGUCUGGAAGACACAAGCUCAGAGAGAGAUGAGCUGAGAGACCAGCUGAGUCAGCUGAAGAACAAUUUGGCCAGUCAGUCAGAAACACUGCAGAAUUUACGCAACUACAUCGCAACGCUCGCAGCAGAGAGGGGGGCCGAAGACCAGCUCAGCGAUAAAGUGAAGCGGCUGGAAAAGGAGAAAGAGGCUCUGCAGUUGUCAGUGGAACUCUUGAAUGUGCGAGUAAAAUCUGUGAACGACAUUUUGGCCAUCCAGGAAAAGGAACUGGGAGAACAGUAUGACACAGUGUUGAAAGGUGGGAGUAAAAGCACUCAUUUGCUGCGUCUGUGGAGAGAGAAGGUGUUUGCAUUGCUAGUGCAGCUCCGCUCCAGAGACACACAACUCAGAGCAGAGCAACGCCAACUACACAACAUGGUGUAUGCUCUGGAGGAGGAGGUUGAGGGGUUGAGGUCACAGAACAGUGUGUUGAAGAACAGUUUACAGGACAGGACAGCCCAGCUGGAGCUGCAGGUGCUCCAAACACAGGCAGUGCAGCAGGAAUUGAGCAGUGCUAUAGAGCAGAAGGACAAAUUGAAGCAGAAGAACCAGACCUUGGAAACAUCACUUAGUACCAUCACAGAGACCAUACACAGGCUGAGUGCUGUCUGUGAGGAGAGAGCAGGGCUCAUGAACUCCGCCCUGUCUCAUCUCAGUGGUCUGGGCCAGAGACUCAUCUUUGCCACCAAGAGACUGGACACUGUACACGGGUUGUUGGUGAGACGAGAGGCUCUACGGAAAGUCCAGCAGGCCACUAAACCUCCAGGACAUGACCCAUCUGAGAGUUGCAUUAAUGACCUGAAGGCACAGGUGGCGCUUUUGAGUGAGGAAAGAGAUAAACUAGCACAGGAACUGAAGAAAACUCCAGAGCUCAUCCACAACGCCCUCUCAGACCUUCAACAGCAGCGCGAUAGGGAAGUGGGGCGCCUGACGGAGGCUCUGGCCCAGAGCAGGGAGGAGUUGGAAAAGUGUGAAGCAGGCCGUGUACAGGCACACACACAGUGUGAGCAACUAGAGGGGACCAUCACGGAGCUCCGCACUGAGGCCCUCCACUUACAACAACACAGUGCGAGAGUUUUACAGGAGAGGUUGUCAGAGGUUGAAAAAACUUGUACCAAGCAGCUCAGAGAUUUGGAGUCUCAGCUCAACACAGCCAGGAGAGAACACACUAAAACAGUUUAA